CAAAAGUAAUAACCAUACUCUAAAGCAGAAAAGCGAAAACAAAGGACAAACCUCAAGAUUCCCAGCAUAAUAACAAACCAUGAGCAGUUCUCUUGACCAAUAUCAGCCAUUGCUGAUUCAGGAAGAAGAAGAAGAAGAUGAUGGGGCUAGGAUUCCAAGUUAUUGUUCUGCACAAGUUGAGGAGUUUCUGGGAAAAUAUGCAGAGAAGAGGAAGCUUCUUAGAUGGAAAUGGUGGAUUAGGGUUGUGGGGUGGGAAACAAGGCUGAUUUGGAAGCUAUCAUGGCCUUCUGUGACUUGUUGUUUGUUCACUUAUAUGCUGAUCUUUGUGACUCUUAUCUUUGUUGGUCAUCUGGGUGAUACUCAGCUUGCUGCUGCUUCUCUUGCUUGUCUUGGACUUCAAGCUCUGGCUUUUGGAGUUAUGGUAGGAAUGUCUGCUGCAGUUCAAACUCUAUGUGGGCAAGCAUUCGGGGCCAAAAAAUAUGCAGUAAUGGGCAUAAUAUGUCAAAGAUCAAUUAUUCUGCAGUUAGGGGCAGCUAUUCCUCUAACAUUUCUAUACUGGUAUUGCGGUCCACUUCUCAGGUUUAUUGGCAAAUAUGAGAGCGAUGAAAUUGCAGAACUUGGCCAAGUUUUUGGACGUGGAUUAGUCCCUCAGCUCUAUGCAUAUGCACUUCUCUACCCUAUGCAGAGGUUCCUCAUGGCACAGAAUAUAGUGAACUUUCUGGCAUACGUAGCUGUUGGGGUUUUUCUCUUUCACUUGCUUCUCACAUGGCUAGUGGUUUCUGUUCUAGGCUGCAGCCUAUUGGGGGCUGCUCUUACUUUAAGCCUUUCUUGCUGGGUUUUUGUGCUUGUCAUAGGGCUCUACAUUAUUCUCAGCCCUUCUUGCAAGGAAACUAGGACUGGGUUUUCUGUUAAAGCUUUCCAGAUGAAGGGGUUCUGGCCUUAUGCGAAGCUCACUGCUUCGUCUACUGUUAUGAUGUGUUUGGAGUCAUGUUACUAUCUUGCUGUGUAUCUGGUGUCUGAGAUGCUUCCCAACCCUACCAUCGUGUUGGACUCUCUAGCCAUCUGCAUCAAUUACUUGAACUGGAGCUCCAAUUUUUCGUCAGGCAUGUUAGUAGCCUCCAGUGUUCGAGUAGGUAAUGAGCUUGGGGCAGGUAAUCCAAGAGUGGCAAAAUUCUCAAUUGCCGUAUUCAAUGGAAUUGCCAUCCUCAUAAGCUUCAUUUUCUCAGUAAUAAUUCUGAUAUUUCGGGUUGGACUGAUCAAGCUCUAUACCACUGAUCCUGAAGUUUUUAAAGUCACUUACAGUUUGUUUCCACUUGUUGCCAUUUCUUUCCUCAUCAAUGGCAAUCACUUCAUUCUCUUUGGCCAGGCAAUUGGAAGUGGGCGGCAAAGUCUAGUGGGUUGGGUGAACUUGGUUUCUUAUUAUGUUAUUGGCCUCACUAUUGCGUGCCUACUUGGUUUUAAAACCAGCUUAGGAAUUGCAGGUCUAUACUGGGGCAUAAUCAUAGGAAGUGUUCUUCAGACUGCCACUGUGGGCAUUGUGAUCAUCCGAACAAACUGGGAUGCUGAGGUUGAUAAAGCUGCUGCUCGUCUGAAGAAAUCUGCAGAUGAAGAUAGCUUGAACGACUUGGUUGACAACCAUUGAGAACAAGAUCUCUUGUU